GCAGGAGUGCGGUGACAAACGACGAACGACACGACAGCAACGACUACGACGACGAUAGUUGCGCCGCAAUUACGUUUUGGCUGGUUUUGGCAGGCAGCAGGAUUAGCAGGACGGUCUGUAGCUGUGGCGAGUGGUGGCGUAUCGUCGCGAGGGACAACGAAGAAAGAGUUUCGACCGAUUAUAUCUGAUUAUAUCCAAUUAUAUCCUGUGUGGCUAUCACUACCGUGGCUACUACCUUCUCUUGCCUUCUCUCUUCUACUUACUGCUUCAUCGUCCAUUUGUCGCCGCUUUUCACCCUUGACUCGUUCGCGAAUUGCGCGAGCGUGCGCGCAAAUGUUUAUUAAUUAAUCGGUAAAUUUUAGUGUUUUGAAUUUUCACGACGUUACUUACGUAAAUGAACGUUACUCGACGUUACUGUUUUUCAAACGAUUAAAAGUUUUUUCUUCAUCAAACACGUAACUGUCGAGAUUCUUGUUCUUCGUCGUUACUGGAGAUGGCGAGUUUGAAGGUGCGCGUCAACUCGCCAAGGGUGCACUACUCGGAGGAUUUCAUCGAGGCGGAGUAUGAGUAUCAGACGGCUAAGGUGGUCGAGGCCGAAGCCGACGAGUACGGUCGAAAUACCUACACGGUGACACCUUUAUCAACGAAAUUGCUGAUCAGGACUAGUAUUCGAGUUCCAAAACUAGGUUUGAUGCUAGUCGGUUGGGGUGGCAACAACGGUAGCACCGUGACUGCAGCUUUAUUGGCGAACAAGCUUAAAUUAUCAUGGGAGGCCAAGGAAGGUCUGAAAACUGCCAAUUGGUAUGGAUCUCUGACGCAGGCGUCUACCGUGAAAUUGGGCAGAAGAGUUAAAGGGGAAGACAUUUAUGUGCCCAUUUCCAGCAUGUUGCCUAUGGUAAAUCCUGAUGACAUCGAAAUCGAUGGCUGGGAUAUUUCGGAUGUCAAUCUCGCACAAGCCAUGACGCGUGCUAAGGUUCUGGACGUAAACCUACAGGUACUGUUACGGCCCUACAUGGUUGACAUGCGGCCCAGGAAGAGCAUAUAUUAUCCCGAUUUCAUCGCUUCGAAUCAGGGCAAAAGAGCAAAUAAUAUCAUCAUGGGCACAAAGAUCGAGCAACUUAACUCGAUUCGCAAUGAUAUAGUGCAGUUCAAGGCUACAAAAGGUCUCGACCAAGUUAUUGUUCUGUGGACCGCAAAUACCGAAAGAUUCUCAGAGAUCAUAACAGGCGUCAACGAUACAGCUGACAAUCUGUUGAAGGCAAUCGAGGAAGAUCACUCAGAAAUCAGUCCCAGCACGAUGUUCGCUAUAGCGGCUGCUUUAGAAGGAUGUACUUACAUUAAUGGAUCACCACAAAACACCUUUGUGCCGGGUGCUCUUGAACUAGCCAAGAGGCAGAAGACGUUCAUCGGUGGCGACGAUUUCAAAUCUGGUCAAACAAAGCUUAAAUCUGUACUUGUGGAUUUCCUCGUAUCAGCUGGUAUAAAACCAAUGUCGAUUGUCAGCUACAACCAUUUAGGAAAUAACGAUGGUUACAAUCUAUCUGCACCACAGCAAUUUCGCUCAAAAGAGAUCUCCAAGAGUAACGUUGUAGAUGAUAUGGUGGAAUCCAACAAGAUUCUUUACAAGCCUGGAGAAAAGCCAGACCACUGCAUUGUCAUCAAAUAUGUUCCCUAUGUUGGUGACAGCAAGAGAGCCAUGGAUGAAUAUACUUCGGAAAUCAUGCUAGGUGGUCACAACACCAUUGUGAUCCAUAAUACGUGUGAAGAUUCACUUCUCGCAACUCCCAUCAUUCUUGACCUUGUCAUUUUGGCUGAACUUUGUUCUCGUAUCACCUUCAAGAGAGCGGAUUCUAUCAAUAACGAAGAAUUUUCUGGCUUCCAUAGUGUACUCUCUAUUUUAUCAUAUCUCUGCAAAGCUCCAUUAGUGCCACAUGGCACUCCAGUGGUGAACGCCUUGUUUCGACAACGGGCUGCCAUCGAGAAUAUCCUGCGAGCCUGUUUGUCAUUGCCACCGGAGAAUAACAUGUUGCUUGAACACAAAGUCAGCUUCAAAAUUUAAAGAGUAUUCAGUGAUGACGAAAUGAGAAUAAAAAGGAAGAGAAAGAAAGAAAAGGAAAGAAAUGGGAGAGAUAUAAGAAAUGAGGGUGAAAGAGAUAAGGAUAGGAAAGUUUUUAAGUGAUAAUGAAAAGUGUUAAUCUCGUUUGUUAUCACACGAAAGAAAAUUAGUAGUAUUUUUUUAGUUCUUUUCACUCUCUUUAUAUAAUAUCAAAUAUUGGAUAUAUAAGAGAGGAACACACACAUGUAUACUGUGCUGAUCUCGAGACUAUAAAAGACGAGAAAUUUUGAGGACUGAUUUUCUAAUUUUAUUAAUGGGCUAAUAUUAAUGGGCAAUCAAUUCAAUUUUGAUAUAAAAAUAUAUCAACAUCAACAAAAUUAAUAUUCCAAUGACUAUAGAUUUUUCUUUAUAAUUUCGAAUAUUUUUUUAGUUGUAUUAAUUGUAAUUAUAAAGGACUUUUGUUAGGGAUGUGCUAGAUUAUUGUUAAUCAAAAUUAUUCAUUGUAGCUAAAUUUUUCAGCAAAUAUUGCUGCAAUAAUAAAGUUAUUUUUAAUAUUAAA